GCCCACCCCUCUCCUCACAAAGAACGUCAACUAUUCAAACAAGAAUUCUCCCUCACUCGCUCUCUCACCUGUAAGCCAAGCCUGUGCUGCCGCCUAGACUUGGGCAGUGGAGUCAGCUGCUUGGUCGGGGGCUGGCUUGGAGGCUGGCAGGGUGCGAACAGACCUGUUGGGCUUUAAGAGUUUUGGGUUGGAGAAAUUUGUUGUAAACAAUCCACUAAUCUCCACUCUGUCACUGCUCCCAGUGAAGACUACUUCCAGAGCCAAGAUCUGUGAAGCCAUGCAUAGAGUUCAUGCACAAGUGAUCAGGCAGAUGGAAGUCGAAGGCGAGGAAGAAGGAUCGACCAAGGUUGAAAGAGGAGUCUGGAAUGGAAUAAUGAGACUUGUUCCGAAGGUUUUUGAGUGCUUGAGUUUUUGAAAUUUGAGGUUGGGUAGAAGGCAGUUGGAAGUAUUGAUGAAUAGUUUGGGGAAAGUUGGUACUCUGAGGUUUCAAUCGUGAUUAGUUGAUAUGGAGAAUCUUCAAAUACGACCGACUAGGAACCCGGAAAUAACUAAAAUUAGCUUUUAUUAUUGAUAUUAUGAUAAAAUUGAUGAUGAAAUUAUUCCAAUGAACUUAAAAGAAUUCUUUAUCUGAGUAUCGGCUUCCUCACUUGGAUACUCUUUGAGGAACUUAUACUUUAAAGAAUGUGGCUAUCUUAAAAAAGACGUUCAAAAUUUAGCAAAUAAAUAUUUGGAAGAUCAUAUUGCAAUAAAUGUAUCAAGCAAAAUUAUUUGAGCUAAGAAAAGAUAGAUCACAAAUCAAAGAUCCCAAGCCCCAAAAACACCAAUACCAUAUCCUAAAAGCUGCAUUAACCGUUACCCAUAAAUUCUCCACCCUCCCUCAACUUCCCAAUUUCAAUCC